AUGACACGAUCUCCUCUUACCACUGGCUGGUUGCUACUGGGGCUACCCCUACUUCUACUUGACUUCCAAAGCAAUGGUGUCUUGGCUUCGGUAGCCCCCAGGGAAGUCCCCAAGAACUUCCCAAGCAUCAGCAAUGACAAGAUGAAGAAACGAUUGACCGAAGAGAGCAUGUCUCAGAACAUUCGUCAGAUGGAAUAUGCCGUGCGAGGCAAGAUUGUGAUUGCCGCCGAACAAAUCCGGGAUGAACUGUCAUCCGAAAAUCAUCCCUACGACUUUGAUCACGUGGUCUUUACCAACAUUGGCAAUCCUCAAUCCGUCGGUCAAAAACCCUUGACAUGGCCGCGUCAAGUCAUGGCACUGGUCGAUUUGCCCGAUCAUGUGGGUGUCAAUCAUCCCUUGGCGUCACAAAUGUUUCCCGCCGAUGCCAUUCGACGUGCCAAAGAAAUCAAGGCCGCCAUGGCCUGUGGGAGUUCUGGAGCGUACAGUCAUUCCAAGGGUGUCAAGUUGUUGCGAGAAGAUGUCGUCAAGUUUAUCAGCCAUCGGGAUGGAGGAGUCCAAGCCGAUCCGGAAGAUAUAUUCUUGACCAAUGGAGCCAGUACGGGGAUUGUCAUGAUUUUGAAUGCGCUCUUGGCCGAUUCGACUUGCGGCGUCUUGAUCCCCAUCCCACAAUACCCAAUCUACAGUGCCACCAUUGAUCAGUUUGGAGGCAACAAAGUGGGAUAUUUUCUCGAUGAAGCCAAUGGAUGGGACCUCAACUUGCAAGAACUAGAACGGGCACUACAAGAAGCACGCAGCCAAGGAAUCAAUGUCAAUUCCAUGGUACUCAUCAAUCCUGGAAACCCCACCGGAGGAGUACUCAAGAAAAAGACGAUCAAAGAAGUCGUCAAGUUUUGUGUCAAACACAAAUUGGUACUAUUGGCAGAUGAAGUCUAUCAAGAAAAUGUCUAUGAUGAAAAGGCACAAUUCGUCAGUGUCAAACGGGUCGCUCAUGAACUGGGAGUGUUGCAAAAGGACAAACUCGAAUUGGCGUCCUUCCAUUCCACGUCCAAGGGGGUCUUUGGAGAAUGCGGUCGCCGUGGUGGAUAUAUGGAAUUGGUAGGCUUUGAUCCAGUCGUCAAGGAUCACAUUUACAAACUGGCCAGCUCCGGAUUGUGCUCGAGCCUCAAUGGACAAGUCAUGACAGCACUCAUGUGUCGUGGACCGGAACCGGGAGAGGAAUCUUAUGACAUGCACGAGGCCGAAAAACAAUCCAUUUAUCAAUCUCUCAAACGACGAUCCCAGAUUGUCACGGAUGGAUUGAACCGUAUCCCUGGAUUCUCCUGUCAACCGGCACAAGGAGCCAUGUACUCCUUCCCGGCGGUUCAACUCCCCGAAGCCGCCGUUGAAGCGGCCAAGAUUGCGGGCUUGUCACCCGACACGCUGUACGCUCUCUCCUUGCUGGAACGAACGGGUAUUUGUGUCGUUCCCGCCUCUGGUUUUUCCCAAAAGGAGGGUCGAUUUGGAUUCCGAACCACAUUCUUGCCAUCCGAGGCAGAAAUGGAACGAUGUGUGGAACUCUUUCGAAGUCAUCAUGAAGAGUUUUGUCAGAAAUAUGCCUAG